ACGUCACCAGAAAAGUUUACUUCGCGGUCCGGAGGGAAACGUGAUUUUUAACCGCAGAGGAUCUUUUCCAGACAAAAACCGUUUGAAAGUUCAUUCUGGGUCAAAAGGAAGCUCGGUGUUAUUCGCCAAUGUUCAGAAUGGUAAAUACAUGUGUUAACGUGUCAGAGUGCACCAAAGCUACUUCGACAGAAGAAUAAAACGUUUGGAGAGGGGGUCGGGAAUAAAAUAUCGUUGUCCGCGCACUGCACACUAUUUUACUAUGGCAAAAAAGUGGAUAACGUGUUUAUGUUCAUGGAUUGUUUUACUUAAUCCGACUUUUGGCACACUUUUGGGGGAUCAAGUCAAUGCUGAGCGUUAUGGGAGUUCCCAUAUUUACCGUGUCUCUGGAAGACCUGCGCUUGGCCAUAGGGAUGACUCCGCCCACAUGUCAAGACGUCACGGUCACUCCCCCGAACCUACUGCGCCCCCAGAGCCCCUCAUUGCCGGAGCCCAUGCCUCCAGGAUCCACCUCAGCCGGGAUGACAUCAGAAAACUGAGGUUCCGACCCACGGUGGGGACUAUUCACCUGUCAGAGGGUCAUGAGGCCAAGUUCAACUGCUCCAUCGACGUCCCUGAAGCCCACCUGGACCUCAUCGUGCUCUGGUGGAAGAACAACAUGGAGCUUUCCGGGAACCAUCAGGUGGUCAUCAACGAACUGCAGACUACUUCAAAUGGGGUCAUGACCCUGUUGUCCACCGUCAGCUUAAGUCGAGUGCAGAGAGCUGACGCCGGGGACUACAGCUGCAGACUGAGAGUCAGUGACAUAGUGAUAGAGUCCCAGCCUAUCAGCGUCCAAGUCGAAGGUCUGCCGACGUUCAUCAGACAGCCAGAUGACAUGAACAUAACCGUGAACAGAUCUUUUAACCUGUGGUGUGAAGCGGUUGGCCCUCCCAAUCCCGUCACUAUCCGCUGGCUACGCAACGGGGUCCCUGAGAUGGGGCACCUACCCUCACCCAGCAACUACACAGUAACGGGUGUGGACAGGUACACCCAGUUCAGCUGUGAGGCGCACAACCAUAAAGGAGUCACUACUUCCAGAGAGGCUAACAUCAACAUUAAAGUGCUCCCGGCUCCUGUCUCAAAUGUCAUGGUGGUACAGCGUGAAUCCAACAAACUCGUUUUGAGAUGGACCCCUGGACAUGAUGGAUUCUCCCCUCUUACUGCCUGCCAUAUCAAAGUGAAAGAGGUGAGUCGGAGGAGAGGAGAGGUCAGGCAGACUAGGAUAGUCAAUGCUACAGUCCCUCCGUUCCAGAGUGAUGUCCCGGGGUUACAGGCCAUGACCCGGUACAACAUGAGCGUCUUCUGUAGCAAUGAGCUCGGCCAAUCAGCAGACAGUGCCUGGGUCCAGAGCAACACUACAGAAGGAGUCCCGUCGGUCUAUCCCCGUAACGUCACCGUGAAGCUCAACGAGUCAAUGCUGGUGAUCCGGUGGAAAGCCCCCCCCCAGGACAAGGUCAACGGAAUACUCACGGGGUACGACGUCAUCGUCAUGUAUGGCAGGCAGGACAACAAGAUCCACAGCACAUCCAACACUGCCACCGUGGCCCUGCAGGAUUUCAACACCACAUACAGUGUUCAGGUGGCUGCCUGCACACGAGUCGGGAGCGGCAUGCUAAGUCCACCAGUCAGGAUCUUCGUACCAGAGAACAAUUGGCCCCUGGCUCCCUCUGCCAGUCCGGACAUCAGAGGAUCUGACUCUGUUUACAUCGUAUUAGGGGUUGUGUGUGGCUUCUGUCUCCUGUUGCUCGUCAUCUGGGUCGCCAUCUGCAUGAGAGACAGGAUACUGGACACACGCUUCGGUCAUAUGUUUGGAAGUGGCGAGAAGCUUCAACCCAUCGUGCAGUAUGGAGCCCAGAGGUCCUACAACAGAUCAGCCAUUGAAAUUACACUUGGUAACCUGGGUGUGAGUGAUGAACUCCAAGCCAAACUACAGGACUUUAUGAUCAUGAGACACCUUCUCUCCAUCGGGAAGGUGCUAGGAGAGGGGGAAUUUGGCUCUGUGGUGGAGGGAACUCUGAAACAACCGAAUGGAACAUCAGAGAAAGUAGCAGUGAAAACCAUGAAACUGGAUAACUUCUCUCAGAGGGAGAUAGAGGAGUUCCUGAACGAGGCCGCUUGCAUGAAGGAUUUUGACCACCCUAACGUAAUCAGGCUUCUAGGUGUGUGCCUGGAGGUGGGGUCUGGUCACUUCCCCAAGCCCAUGGUGAUCCUGCCCUUCAUGAGAUACGGAGACCUCCACAGCUUCCUGCUGCGCUCACGCCUGGGCGACAGUCCUCUGUUCCUGCCCACUCAGACGCUCCUGAAGUUUAUGAUUGAUAUCGCCAUGGGAAUGGAAUACCUCAGCGGGCGCAACUUCCUUCACCGCGACUUGGCUGCGCGCAACUGCAUGCUGCGUGAUGACAUGACCGUGUGUGUGGCGGACUUCGGCUUGUCAAAGAAGAUCUACAGUGGUGAUUACUACAGACAGGGAAGAAUAGCCAAAAUGCCGGUCAAAUGGAUAGCAGUGGAGAGCCUGGCGGACAGAGUCUUUACAGUAAAGAGUGAUGUGUGGGCGUUUGGUGUGACCAUGUGGGAGAUAGCGACACGGGGCAUGACGCCAUAUCCUGGCAUCCAGAACCAUGAGAUUUAUGACUAUCUACUGGAGGGCCACCGGCUAAAGCAACCAGCAGACUGCCUAGAUGAACUAUAUGAGAUCAUGUACAGCUGUUGGCGUGCAGACCCCUUGGAUCGGCCCACCUUCAUUCAGGUCCAAGAACUACUGGAGAAGCUGACCGAGAAACUUCCGGGGGCCUCCACCAGCAAGGAAGACAUUAUCUACAUCAACACCAGUUUCCCCGAGGAGGAUCAGACCGGUGCUUGUGCAGACCCUCACCUGGACGAGCCCCUUUUCAGCUCCUCCCCUUCCUGCAGUCACAGCAACCAGUUCAGCACAUCCCCUUCCUGUAGCCACCAGCUUAGCCCCUCCCCUGUCUUCAGGCAGCAGAAACCGGACCUCCCCCUUUUCAGUUCCUCCUCCUCCUGCAGUAAAAGUCACCAGAUAUUUCACGGCAGAGAUCUGGUGACAGCGGACAUCCAUGAGAGUGCGGAGGAAAAGGUGGAGGAAGAUGACCGUUAUGUUAUUGUCAUCUCGAACACCAAUCAGAGGGGGGACCCUGUCGUCGCCUUGAUGGCAGCAGCUGAAACGGCGCCAGCUGAAGCGGCAACAACCGUAGAUAGCCACACUCCCCUGUUGUCAGGGGACAGCCUGGGCGGGGCUGUGCAUGGUGAUAGCCGUGAUUCGACGGGCAACGUCUCUGUGACGGAGCAACAUGCAAGUGACACAACAUUGUUGCUAUGAAUGAGGUGGAACACUGGGACUAGAAAUCCAGUCAUUUGAAACUAGAAAAUAAACUCUUUCUCCCAGGGCUUCCAUGUCGGAUGAGGAUACACAGCACCGGACACAAGUUGAAAAUAUAAGCGCUGGAUUUUGCUCUGCAAUUGCUAUAUUUUCCACAGUCAGAAUUCAAGAAUAAGUGGCAUCUGGAACUUAAGUAUUUGCCACAACAUUCAGUAUUUUAUCUGCACUCCUGUCUUUUCAGGACAAACUAGUUGGUAUUAUUAUAAUGACCCAAACAUUGGUUAGAACGGUUACCCGUCUUCCAAGGGAGCAGCGGUAAUGUGUCUGAUGUGUUGAGACUGGGGUAAUCUGUAGUGUUGUGUUGCCACGCUUCAAAUUCUGUUUCCCCCUGGCAAUUGGAACUAAUUUAAAAAAGACAAAUCAAAACGGAUUCCCUAUUUAUGGCAUUGUUUUGUGUGGCAUUAUUAGAACAGAAUUGACUUCUUUAUUCCUUGAUGCUUUGCAUUAAAAAAGGUGUGAUCAGUUGUCCUGAGGCUUUUUUAUGUCAAAUGGUUACCACUAGCAAUCGGUUUUAUUGCCAGAUAUGUACGAGAUGCUUCAUUUGCACAUCACUAUUAGAAUACUUCCAAUGAAAUAAGCUUUGCUCAAGAAUGAAGUCCGUGUAUUCCAGGCAAAUAUUGAAAGCUGUGAACAAGGCACCAAUAUGGCCAACCACUGUUGUAGAUCAGUACUAAGCUAGUCUUGUAGCUAACUAAAACAUUCACACUGUGCCAUAAAAGUAAAAAUCGAUGUAGUGUUUUUAAAGAGGCAAUGUACUUUACAUUAUAUGUUGUAUGUCAAGAGUCACUGAAAAAAGUAAUCAUGUAGAGUGUGCAGCCUUGAGGUAUUCCACCAAGGUUAGGCAAUGGACCCUGAACAGUGCACAAGGUCUAAUUGUAUUUGAAUGAUUUUAAUUCCAAAAGUUCAAAAUUUUGCUAAACGCGAAUAUAGCCUGUUCAAUGUUGAUAUCGAAAUAACUGUUAAGUGAUUUGCAUGAUUUGUUUUCAUGAUGCAAUAAAAAAAUUCAAAUACAAAAA